UUCACUGGCCUAAGAUGACAGCACACGAGAAGAGGGAAAGCGUAGAGGACAGACACUGUACUCACUACACUUUUGCUCUUCCAAGGAAACCCCCAAAACCAGAAAACCCUAGGGCUUUCGAGAAACGAACGCCAUGGAAGGCGAGGACGAGCCCUCGGGAGGACCGAUGAUCGACGAGGAGAUCUACGCCAACGGCAUCGGCGCCGGCGAGGAGGAGAAGCGGAGCAGGCCGAUCAUAAGCGGCGAGCAGCUCGACGUGGAGGCCUACGCGAGCCUCUACACGGGGCGGACGAAGAUCACUCGUCUCCUCUUCAUCGCCGACCACUGCGGGAACAACCAGGCGAUGCAAUUGGAGGCGCUUCGCAUGGCUUACGACGAGAUUAAGAAGGGAGAGAACACGCAGCUCUUCAGGGAGGUUGUUCAGAAGAUCGACGGCCGUUUGGGCCCCAACUACACCAUGGAUUCCGCCUGGUGUGACACCGUCGAUCGUAGGGCCGAGCAGAAGAAGGAGAAACUCGAGAACGAACUCAAUGCCUACAGAACAAAUCUCAUCAAAGAAAGCAUAAGGAUGGGAUAUAAUGACUUUGGAGACUUUUAUUAUGCGCAUGGUGCCCUAGGGGAUGCUUUUAAACAUUAUGUUCGUACGCGUGACUAUUGUACUACAUCAAAGCACAUAAUUCAUAUGUGCAUGAGUGCAAUUCUGGUCAGCAUUGAGAUGGGUCAAUUUACUCAUGUUACGAGCUAUGUCAGCAAAGCAGAACAAUUGCCUGAUAAUAACCUUGACGCAAUUACCGCAGCAAAGCUUCGUUGUGCUGCUGGGUUGGCUCACUUGGAGGCUAAAAAGUACAAGCUUGCUGCACGUAAGUUCUUGGAAACUGGCCCUGAAUUGGCGAAUCACUACAAUGAAAUAAUUGCACCGCAAGAUGUUGCAACAUAUGGUGGGCUUUGUGCACUGGCAAGUUUUGAUCGGACAGAAUUGAAGAACAAAGUUAUAGACAAUCUUAACUUCAGAAAUUUCUUAGAGUUGGUGCCUGAAGUUCGGGAGCUUAUCAAUGAUUUCUACUCAAGUCAUUAUGCAUCAUGUUUGGAUUACCUUGGCAAUCUCAAAGCAAACCUGCUGCUUGAUAUUCAUUUACAUGACCAUGUCGAGACACUAUAUGAUCAAAUCCGCAACAAGGCCCUCAUCCAGUAUACACACCCGUUUGUGUCUGUUGACUUGCGCAUAAUGGCAAAUGCUUUCAAGACAAGCGUUGGAGGGUUAGAGAAAGAGCUUGAAGCUUUGAUCACUGACAAUCAAAUCCAGGCUCGGAUCGACUCCCACAACAAGAUCUUGUAUGCUAGACAUGCAGAUCAAAGGAAUGCGACCUUCCAACGUGUUCUACAGACAGGCAGUGAAUUUGACCGAGACGUUAGAUCGAUGUUACUUAGAGCUAAUCUUAUCAAGUACGAAUUCAAUCUUAGGGCCUCAAGGAAACCGUGAAUUUAAGUUUCAGCUGCAACAAUGUGGUAUGAGGUAUGAGGUACAAGGCUAUCUUUUUGAUAUGAAAAGGUGAUUGGUGAUAUAUUCAUGAGCUUAGUCUCCUCAUGAAGUCCAUUGCUUCUUUGACUAUCCAAGAUGGAUUUUGCACAUUCAGGACUGCAGGAUAAAGAUCAAUGCAAGAAUUACUGAAAUCCAAUGGUUGGAUAUUGGUUUAUUUCAUCCAUUGAAGUUAUUCUUCAUAGUUUAUGUUUAAUGCUUUUAGUUUGUUCAUAUUGUUACUUGCUUUAUGUGACUAUUGAGGUAAUUUGGACGGUGGAUAGAAUAAUGCAGUUAAAAUCAAAGACCCUUUGGGGGUUUUGAGUCUUUUGCUCAA